AAGAAUCCCACCCUAAUGAACGUUCCAGAAGUGUGCCUCUCAAUCCCAUCCAAGGGAUCAGUUUGAACAGGAAGGGACGUUCCAGCCCAUGUUUGGAAAUGUUUACUCUGUACGCCGUCAGUCAAGCAGAAUACUCUAGAUUGCGCUCUGGUAGGUUGUGUACCGUUAGGUGUCCUUUAGAAUUUAAUCUCUAGGGAUACUGAUACAAAGUAACCAUGGCUCAAGCGAAAAUACACCAAGCCAAGAUGACCGAAGCCGCAAAAGGAAAAUUUUGCAGAUCCAUGUCUAUGGCAGAUCGCUCUGGAAGACUACUUGAAACUCUGGACCAGCUGGAAAUAAGGGUGGAGGCUUUGCGCGAAGCCGCGACUUCAAUGGAACAGGAAAGAGAAUGCCUGCUGGAUUUGAUACAGUCCUUAAAGAAUAGUGAAGAAAUGCGCAGCAUUUGUGACGGCGAGAGGGAAGAACUGUCUUUAACAGCCAAUCGUCUUCUGGGUAGGACCCUAACAGUUGAAAUCUCAGUGGAAACAAUAAGAAACUCCACCCAGGAGGAUGCAUUAAACAAGGCUACCUCUUUGAUUGAUGAGAUCGCCGCAAAGUUAAACGACGACAUGGAUAGUGCCAGGAAGCGCCUGAUGGCACUGCAUGCCGCCUGCGUGACGGAGGCACCUCCUGUGCCUAUCGAUACUAAAUUCCAGACGAUCGUCAUCACCUGUGCCUUGGAAGAUCAGAAGAAAAUCAAGAAGAGGCUUGAAACUCUAAUAAGGAAUGUGGACAACGCUGAGAAGAACAUCAAGAUGAUGGAUCAUCAGAAAGUGGAUUACAUGGACCGUGCCAAUGGCAAAUGAGGGCAUUCAUACUGACUGCGUCCUUUACCAAUAGUCCUAAACAGUAGAGAUUUGUGUGGAUCCCAACACACUACAGGCCUAACAA